CGCCGAUUAUCAAAAGCUGUGUCUGUCUCUGUCUGAACUGAACAUGGCCGUCUCAUUUUUUCCGUCUCUUCUCUCCAAGCAUCACCAUCUCAUUUUUUCCGUCUCCUCUCUCCGAACAUGGCCAUGGCCAUCUAUUCGCUGGGAUUCUCGACUUGUUUGCAGCACUCGGUCUCCGCCUCCACUGUCCACACCUAACACCUCAGAAGCUCACUCGCCUCCACCACUCUCCACCGAAAAAUGGAAGCCCUUUCGCAAGAAAAAGGUCGUCAUGCGGGUGGGCUACGUUGGUAGUAAUUACAGAGGUCUUCAGCUGCAGCGAGAUGAACAUCAAUUAUCUACUGUUGAAAAUGAACUGGAAACUGCUAUAUUUAAGGCCGGUGGCAUCCGCAACAGUAACUACGGUGAUCUACAUAAAAUUGCCUGGGCUAGAAGUAGCCGAACUGAUAAAGGGGUUCACUCUUUGGCAACAAUGAUAUCAUUCAAAAUGGAGAUACCUGAAGACGCAUGGAAGGAAGACCCCAAUGGCAUUGCUCUUGCAAAAUGCAUUAACUCUUAUCUUCCGGACAAUAUCAAAGUUUUCAGCAUUUUACCUUCGCAAAGGAGCUUUGAUCCAAGAAGGGAAUGUAACUUCCGGAAAUAUUCUUACCUUCUACCUGUUGAAAUCAUUGGAAUAAAGAGGCACUUCAGUGAAGCUGAAAUUGAUUAUCAUCUAUCAGACUUCAAUAACAUAUUAAAAUCCUUUGAGGGAGAACAUCCUUUCCAUAAUUUUACACAACGAUCCAAGUACAGGAAACGAAUUCCUCCAAGACAAGCCCCAAGAAAUGGUCGCAUGCCAAGAAGGCCAAAAUCAUCUGGUAAAUUAUCAGCCUUUGAGUUAGAAGGAAGUGAUGGAGAAAGAGAAUCUAGGAAUGAAGAAAUGGUUGCUUCAGAAUUUGAAGAAACAAAUAAAAUUCCUUCAGAAUAUGGUGGUUCUGGUGCACAUUUGGUUGACUCUGGCGAUAAUCACGGUGAUGGUUUGAAGGAUCAGAAUUCUAACUUAGUUGUUCGUGCAAGGUGGCUAUAUGAACCUGAUGAGACAGACAGAAUAUCUGCUUCCCACUUUAGAAAGAUUUUUUGCUGUACUUGCGGAAAGCUGGAGAGCUCACUAGGAUUUGAUUAUGUUGAAAUUUCCAUAUCAGGAGAGUCUUUCAUGUUACAUCAGAUCCGCAAGAUGGUUGGGACUGCUAUUGCAGUGAAGCGCAGGUUGCUCCCAAGGGAUAUUCUAACAGUUUCGUUGACCAAGUUCUCAAGAAUUGUCUUGCCGCUUGCUCCGUCUGAAGUUUUAAUUUUGAAGGGGAACACUUUUGUAUUGAGGAAACUGCCUGGUAAUGUAACAAGGCCUGAAAUGCAGACUAUGGUUGAAUCAGAAGAAAUUCUCAAGGCUGUUAAUGAGUUCUACACAUCUGUGAUGCUGCCUCAGGUUUCAAAAUUCUUGGACCCUUCAAGAUCACCUUGGAAAGAAUGGGUUGAAAUUUUGGACGCUAACACAAGCAUCCCUGAUACACAGUUGGAAGAAGUCAGGAAUGCUUGGAAGUUGUGGAAGGACAAAUUUGAGGAUACAACUAGUUUUGCAUCAGUUUCCAGUCAAUGAAACAAAUUCAAGAUGCUCCUCCUUUCACCUCUCGAUACAGACAGUGGUUCCUCAUUCGAAAGUGUUUUGUACAACAGUAUUUUCUGUAUUUUAAAGGCUUUUUUAUUAGAAAAAAAAAAAAAAAAAAAAGGUCCUCCAAAAAAUUUUCCAUGUAAACCUCGCAAAAUUGAAUAUAAUCCGAAAAUCUGA